AUGACGGCCGCAAUCCGGACACCAUCACGCUGGAAUCCAGGCCGGCGUCUCCACCGGAAAGACGUCACAACCCGGAUAUGGCACGCGGCGGUACCGGAAGUGCGUCCAACUCGGGACAUGUGGAAAAAAGUCUUUAUAAAUACUUUUUUCCACAUGUCCCGAGGUGGAACGCACACAUCACGCGUCGUGCGUUCCAACCAGACUGACGUCAUGUCAGCAUGA